AUGGAGGAUUCCACAGAUAUCCAGAACUUCUGUGCCAACUAUGGGUUCCAUCAAGAAUAUGCAGUCAAUCAACAAUUACAAGAAAUGAAUAAACAAGAAGAAGAAAUGAAUGUGCAUGCUGCCCAUUAUGCAGGUGAAUUAAGUCAAGGAAAACUAAAGCUCAGUGAUCUAGAAACAGGAAGCGACGUGGACGAGGUACCUUUUCUAUCUCUAGCUCCUUUUGAAUUGCUGAGGAACAAUCCGAGAAGGCGCAAGAAUACUGAAGGGGUUAAAGUUAGAGAUGUGAAUGAUGGAGCCAACGUGCACCAGAAGCUCUCAGCUACACAAAUCAUGAGGCUAGCUGGAGAAAGAUUCAUCCAGUUCUCUUCCAACAAGUUCAUCAACAUAAACAAUCUUUUGCAUCCCUAUGGUUCUGCUUUCUCAGACCUUUCUCCUGAAGAUAAUCAAGACGUAGAACUUGCUCAAAUCCUCCUAACUGCAGCUGAGAAAGUUUCUGACCAGCAAUACGACCGUGCAAGGAAAUUUCUGAGUCAAUGCCAACUACUUACAUCAAACACAGGUAAUCCUGUGCAAAGAGCAGUCUUUUAUUUUGCACAAGCACUUGGAGAGAGGAUCGAUAGAGAAACAGGAAAAAUAAUGCCAAAAAUCUGCACGGAAACAGAUGAACUUAACAGUAUCUGUGUUGCAUCAAGAUUCCAUGCCUCAUACGUAGCAUUACAUCAAGAAGUUCCAUUCACCCAAAUAGUGCAUUUCACAGGAAUUCAAGCCAUACUAGAAAGUGUAGCAACGAAACCCAAAGUUCACCUAAUUGAUUUCCUUAUCAGAACAGGGGUACAAUGGGCAUCCUUGAUCCAAGCAGCAGCAGAGAGAAAAGACAACCCAAUCGAACAUAUGAAGAUCACAGUUAUCGAAUCAGUCAAUAAAGAAAGAGUAAUAGCAACAGGCAAGUCUUUAGAGAGUUUUGCUAAUUCCUUGAACUUCCCCUUCUCAUUCAAGAUCAUCUUUUUACCAGAUAGAAACCAACUAACCGAAGAUCACUUCGACAUAAAACCUGACGAAGGGGUAGUAAUCCAUGCAGCAUUCUUUCUACGAGCAAUGAUUUGCAUACCCAACUGUUUAGAAACUGCAAUGAGAGUUGUAAGAAGGCUACAACCAUCACUAAUGGUAGUAUCAGAAGUAGAGGCAAAUCUUAAUUCACCUCUAUUCGUGAACCGAUUCAUAGACUCAUUAUUCUACUACAGUGCAUUAUUUGAUUGCCUGGAAGAUGUAAUGAAGCGGGAUGAUCAACACAGGAUGACACUAGAAGUGUCAUACGGAGGGGGGAUUCGGAACAUAGUAGGAAAUGAAGGGGAGGAAAGGGUCAUAAGAAGUGUGAAUCUUGAUGUGUGGAGAUCAUUUUUCAGGAGGUUUGGAAUGGAGGAAGUAAAGCUGAGUAACACAUGUUUGUAUCAAGCAAACUUGAUUAUUCAGCAGUUUGCUUGUAGGAGUUCUUGCAGUGUGGAUGUAAAUGGAGGGUCUUUCAUGGUUAGCUGGAAAGGGACUCCAAUCUAUUCCACUUCUGCUUGGAAAUUCCAUUGA